AAUAUCUCAGAUCCCUGUGCCAUGUACUCGAUCAGCAGAAGACUACUAUUACAAGUUAGAUGUUACAAAACAGUUCGCGUCACUGACGGUUUAUCACACCUGUGUGAUGAUCACAAACGAGAAAGACAAAUCAGUCUGGACAAGGUUAAGGAAGAAAAAGAAGCUAAGAUGAAAGCGAUUCAGCUGGAAACAGAAGAGAAAAAGAAGGCCACAGCGGCGACACCCCCCUUGGUAACAUUUAAACUGAGCUGUCCGGGUUGUGGAGCUAAGUAUCAACACGACCAUCCUGAUAAAGCAGGGUAUCUGGAGUACUCCGCCAUGAUGAGCUGGGAUGCCAGGUCCUCACUUCCUUGUGAGCGGUGUGAGAAAGUAGCUGAUUCACAGCAUCAUCAGAUGUAUUCUAUUAGUGAGACAAGGUUUUCUAAAUUACUCAAAAAGAUAUCUCAGAAGAAAGCACUAGGCGUGGUAGUCUGUGACGUCAUUGGUUUUCCCUCCAGUUUACCUCCUAAUUUACCCAACAUCUACCCGCCUGGUUCUCCUAUUAUUCUGUGUCUUAACAAGUGUGAUGUUCUUGCAGCUAGUCCUGGUAAAAUGAAUAUUAUCGAACAGUUUUACAGACCUCUUAUAGAGAAAUGGGAGAAGCAAAACAAUCUAAGAUUCAAUGAAAUAAUAUUUGCGAGUGGUAAAACAGGCGUUGGGUUACCUGAACUGGCCUUGCAUAUUCAACAAUAUAUUCAUGGAGAUAAGUAUUGCAACGAUCUGGACUUUUGCUAUUUACUGGGUGUUACAAAUGCAGGUAAAUCAACUUUAUUCAAUAAAUUAUCACCACUGAUGAACUAUAAAAUGAAGAGUAUAGGAAAUGUGACCGAGUCUCCCCUCCCGGGAACUACAGUCAGCAAUAUUAGUUCAGUAAUACAGCCUCCCCCUCAAAUAACUAAACAUAAGAAGCAUUCCACUGCUCAAAUACUUCAUAAGAAAGUGAACCAGCUGGAGAAGCUGAUAAUACCUUCAGACAUGCCACUAGAGGAGAACUCUCUUUCUGCGUGGUUUAAAAUCAAGAUAGAUGAACAGUUGAUGGGAACUACAGAGGAGAAGAUCCUGAUAGACACUCCAGGAGUACUGGCACAUAACUCCGUACCUGAGUCUGUGUUCGCUUGCCAGUAUAAGAUAUACAAUAGAACUGUUGAGCUGGAGCCAGGGUCCUGUCUCUCUUUCGGGUGGUACAAAGUGUACUGUGUUCGUGGGAAUGUCAGCCUCAAACUCGGGAUUAAUGUACCUUCUCUUGUAGACUACCAUAUCACUUCAGAUGUGUCAGAUACCUCAGUAGGGGUGACAGACUCAGGAGUUCAGCUCUGUAAUAAACUAUAUGUAAUGAGCGGACUUCACAUUAAAACAAGACCUAAUCGUAGUAGGGCCACUGGUGACAUUUGUUUAGGAAACUUAGGAUGGAUUUCAGUACAUUUACCUCCCGGAGAUGAUGUUACGGUUUUAGUUUUUGGUCCUAGAUUAGAGGACAUUCAUUACAGGACGCCUGGUUUUCAUAUUAAUGUACCUAAAUUAGAUGGUUUACGUAGAAAGAGAAACUCUGUUGAUAGCAGCCCUGAUAAAGUGUUAUUUGAUGAGGAGGAUAUUAUGUGUGAUGAUCUGUUAUGAUUGUCUAUUUGUUUUUAAUAAAGACGAGCUGUUUGAAAUUAAAGUUUGAAAAUUUCAGAGAAAUUAAUUUUUUAUUUUAUCUGCUACUUAAAUUUAUUGACGUUUUUACACAUUAUGAUUUUGAACAAACUUUUACUAACUUAUUGCCCUACUGCCCUAGUUGCUGUCAUUUUAAAUUGUAACUUUACCACAUUUGGAGAGUCAUUUCAUCGUAAAAUAUAUAAAUAUCAUGAAAGUAAACUUACUUAAUAUAAAAAUAAACAUUAUGAAAGUAACCUUACUCAUUAUAACUUUAUAAAAGUAACACCAGGAGAAAUGAACGUCCCAGUUUCUCCGGCCCAGUUCCCCAGCCUGCAGAUAUUAAGCGCUACAGUAGUAGUGAAGCGGACCCACCCUGACAUCUCCCACUGCAAUAUCUACAUCUGUAACACUCUACUCGAGCUCUGUGUUAAGCACAACCAGCUCAGAAUAUUCCGUAUACUCCUGGAGAGCUGGCCUCAUGUGGACAGCAGACUCCACCUUAAGCAACUACACUGCACUAUCUUCAGAGUUUAGCUAUACUGGAGCAUCAGGGCGUGGUUUCUAAGGUCCUCAAGAACGUGUUCGUUAAUGCUCCCUAUGCAGGCUACACCAGUACGAACGUGUUAUGCAGUGCAGCUCUAGGAUUACUAGAGGACUACUCGUGUCUCAUCAGUCAAGUUAAACAAACAGCAGAACCUCACUUCAGACGAGCUAGGAAGCGGCCUCGUAUUGGCUCUGAACCAGCUUCCUCCGCAGACAAUCGCACUUUAUCUGUUUACACUCCACUUAACAUUAACAACACCAACAUCAAGACUCUACUCCGCUACCUCAGAACUCCCAACGAAAAUAAAGUUAUAAACAUUGUCCCAUCCGCCCUGAUAUUCACUUCUCUACAGUCGGCUCUCAUAUUCAAAGCACUGCGCCUCGUGGACCACGUGGAGUUGAGAAUGUUGGGCAUUGAUUUCAGUUUGCAAUCGGACGAGGAGUUAUCAAGCGUGGACCACAUACCUAUCUUAAAUAAAUUCUCUAACCUCCGCAGUAUAUCACUAACUUACAACUACCUUUCUGGUCAGGACAAGGAACUCAAUCUGAUCAACUCUUUAAAAUCACUGCCCAACUUAUGUAAGCUUAAUCUGAGUGGUAAUAUUCUAGGUAACAACGCGUGUUUAUAUGUGUCACCUUCACUCAGAGAAAUAGUUCUCGGCAAUACAUAUCCUUCAACAGACAGCUUACGCAGAAUGGGGCACAUUAUUGGGAAGAACAUACUAAAACUAAAACUAUCAGAUAAUGGUAUGGAGAGCAAGUUGGGGGGUCUCCUAGAACUCUUAUCUAAAUGUGAAGCACUAAUCUCUAUAGACCUGGCAGGGAACCAGCUCAGUACUCCCCGGACUACAAGACAGCUACUAACAGCACUACAACCAGUGGAGCCCACACUGGAGACCCUCAUACUGUCCCACAACAUGUUUAAGGAGCCGGAGAGGGAGACUAUAAUAGCGGAAAUGAGCAAGUUCUCCUGUUUAAAGGAGCUGGUGCUGGGACCUUACCUGCCUGACUUGUUGUUGUCUGAUGAUCUGACUACCAACGAGAGGAAGCUUAUGAGUGAACAGUGUGGGAGACCUGAUAUUAGCAUGUUUUUAUUGUCUACCUGCUAAACAAAUUUGGUGGCCAAAUUUUGAAAUUUGCCUGGCAUGGCUGGCCGUGGGCACCUGGAGUUCGUGACCCCCUCCAGAUUUUUGCCAUAGGCCUUAAUUUGUUGGUAUCUCGAAAUCAAGUUUCAUAUAGAAAAAUCAGGGUGAACCUAUUUUGAUAUCAUAUGUAACCAAUACAAUGAAUUAAUUGAUUUUUUGUUAAGAAAUAUUUGGGAUUUGUUUGAUUGAAUAUUUUCUGCUUGGCCAAUUAAUUAAUUAGUACCCAGUUUGAACCUGUAUCACAGUGUAAUACUCUGGUCAUUACUACUAUUGUAUUGUAUUGUUACUACUAUUGUAUUGUAUUGUUACUACUAAGUACUAACAUAAUGAUUGUCAUGAUCUAGGGGAAUUGUAAUGAUUAUAAUCACUGUCAGCUUUGCAAUGAUCUGGUUACUUUGCAAUGAUCUGGUUACUUUGUUUUUGAUGCAUGUUUUCUGAGUUUUUAUAUAUACAGUAUAUUAUUCGAUCGUUUAGAUCUUACUAAGAACUCUGAUAUUACACUCGUGACAAAACAAUACCACAAAAUCCUGAUUAUUAAUAUCACCAAAUGUGUAAUACAAAUUGUUUUUUACGCAAGAACGAAGUUUUGUUGUUUUGUUCAUCUUUAUUAUUGCAAAAACCAAAUAAUAAUAUCAAGGUGGCUCUCAUGAACCCCGACUAGGCGCUAACUCUACUCCUCUUACUCCUACUUACCUUACUUUUACUACUCUACAAUCCUCUUCUUCUUGAUAACAUCCUAACUAACCACCAGUGAUAAAGUGAUGAACCUCCUCCUCCUCCUCCUCCUCCUCCUCCUCCUCCUACUCCUCCCCUGCUGCCUCACCUCACCUACCCUCAUACCUGGCAAUAUCCCGGUAUUUCACCAGCAGUUAGAGCAUGGUCAGAGUAGGCAAUACGUCCUACACAAUCUGUUGCCUGGUGAAGUGUACGAGUUUAAAGUAAGUUACCCAGCAACACAGCCCUUUACCUUUACCAUCACCUUCUCUCAAACCUUAUCAGAGGAGCUUCCUAAUAGGAAGUUACUGGACAUUGAAAAAGAGGAGUUCGUGCCUAGGAGCGCUACUAUGUUCGUUACUGUAACAGCGCACGAUUACAGACGUGCAAUAAAGCACGCGGCCCACGUGUCCUACAGUGUGUACUACGAGCGCGUGCACAACGGAGUACCCGCACAAGCGUACACUCUAAUAGCCUGGCUCUGUGUCCUGCUGCCUUGUGCUGUGUUCUGCUCUCAGUGGAUAUUCAGAAACUGGUAUGAUAUGAAACACGAACACGAGAGUUGACAUCUGGGAUUAUGUUAUUUACUAACUAAUUAAUUAAUCACCUUGAUUUAUUGCCAAAUAUUCACUGGACGUUAAGGCAUGGCAUGUAUCAUUACCCUUGAUUUGUAUACUUAUUUUUGAAUAACAGAUGCAUUCUUCGCCAGGCUGGUCUAUCAAAUGCAAGAUUUCAAUUUUUUUCAAUUAAUCAUUUAUGUUAAUAUUAAUAAGAAAAAUAUAUCGAUUACAUAAACUUCAUGAGUCAGAUUAUUUUUGUAAUACUCUUUCCGAACUACUCGGUAAAUGGAUUUUGUAUUGAUAGUAUUUAUUUAAAUACUGAGCACUUUCUUAUAAUCCAGGUAGUUUUUCUUGUUAGAAACAAGUACGGUUGAUUAAUGAUUAAUAACACAAUCUUAAUUAACGUUUCUUCCGAGAUUUUCGUAAAUUCAAAAUUUCAAAACUUUCCCACACUUUUAUUUAAAUUCUAUAACUUUCCCUGUAACGCAGGUUCAGUCUGAUUGUGGGUGAUUACCUCACAAGCAUGUAAUGUGAUGUGCUUAUUUUAAGUAAGAGCAUUUUUAACAUAUUUCAGCAAUAUAAUAUGUUACGGAAAUAUGUUAUGUUUUCUUCAAGAGGAAUCGCGGAAAAAAAUAAUGAGAUAUAAAUAAUUUCUCGAUUUCUAUUCGACUGACUGCUUAAUUUGCAGAAUUAGAAAUAUCUUUUUUUUGCUGUUAUGUCUAAUUGAAGAAUUUUGCGAUUUAUAGAGAUCACUUCUUUUAAAUUCAGAAUGUGAUUUCCAAUCACAAUUUCUAUCCGAAACUAAAUUUUGAUAAGUUUGGUGUAAUUUUAGAAAAUCUUCUACGUAUUUGACUUUCAGUAAUAACGAGUUGAAAAUGAGUUUUUAUUAUAGAUUAUUUUUU